AUGAUGGACGAAUCAAAGAACAAAAAUAUACACAUCAAUUAUGGCUCUUUCAGUAAAAAUAGCAGCGAGGAUGGCAAUGGAUUAGUGGACCCAGGUCAAGAAAGACUGAACCAACUCGGCUACAAACAGGAACUAUCAAGAAGACUCUCUACAUUUGCGACAUUUGGUCUGGCAUUUUCAAACAUUGGGAUACUAUCAAAUACAUCGGCGACAUUCCAAACUGUGUUACAAAGAGGUGGUCCUGUGACGAUGCUUCUUAGCUGGAACAUAGUUGCCAUAUUCAUGAUGUGUGUAGCCCUAUCAUUAGCAGAAAUAUGCUCGCUGUAUCCUACCAGCGGUGGUCUGUAUUAUUGGGUGUACGAAUUAGCAAGCAGACAUCCUAAAGGAAGAUCCAAGGCGCCGAUAGCUGCUUUUAUCACUGGAUGGGCCUAUUCGCUAGCAAAUGUUAUUUCCAUCGGUGCUACCAAUGUGACAGUAGCCAUGUCACUGGGAUCUAUUCUUAAAUUGACAUUGGAUGUGGAUGUACCAAAAUCAUGUUUGAUGGUGUUGACUCUUAGUAUCACUUUAUUCCAUGGAUAUUUGAAUACGCGUGACAUGGGUGGUUUGGCAAUUCUGAAUCAGUGGAGCGUGUUUUGGUCAUGCACAGGUCUUUUGGUCAUCAUCACCGCAUUGUCUUGUUUGGCACCACAUAGAAACGCUUCUUGGGUAUUCACGCACUACCAGAACCAAACUGGAUUCGAAAAUCCUGGAUAUGUGCUUGUACUGGGCAUGAUUGGUGCUGCUUAUUCAUUGUUUGGUUGCGAAUGCGCUGCAUCGGUCAAUGAGGAGACCAAGGACGCUGAUAUCUCAUCUCCACUAGCCAUGGUAAGCUCAAUUGCAGUUUCUUGGGCUGUGGGGUUCGCAUUUUUGAUUGUUCUGUUGUUCUCGAUUCAAGACAUUGAUGCCAUUCUUGAUUCAACAUUGCACAUGCCAGUGGCACAGCUCUUCUUUGACGCCAUUGGUGUAUGGGGCACCAUGGGUUUUUUAGUGCUGAUUGUUGUAUGUCAAUUCUGUACAGGUGCAACAACGAUCACGGUCACUUCAAGACAGAUUUAUGCUCUAGCUAGAGAUCAUGCAGCUCCCAUGAGUUCAGAUCUCAAGAAAAUCAACUCUUACAAACUGCCGGGAAACGCUGUCUGGUUCACCGUUGUCAUGACAUGUUUGGUGGUCUUGCCAUUUCCUCUAUCCGAACAUUUAUUCGAAACCAUUGUUAGUGCCACGACCAUCACCAUUCAUUUCAGCUAUGCCAUGGUGUUGGGAUGUCGUCUAAUUGCACCAGAUCCAGAAAAGAAAAAGGGUCGUUUUCACCUUGGCCGGUGGAGUGCUCCUAUCAAUAUUAUUGGGUUUUCGUGGGCAGUGUUUGCCAUUUUUGCAUUCAUAUUGCCUACUUCAUGGCCAAUUACAAGCGAUACUUUUAAUUAUGCCGGUGUAGGUCUAGUUUUGGUGGUCAUGACAGUUGUGUCUUUUUGGUUGGGAUGGGGACGCUAUCAUUACGAGGGCCCAAAGGCUAUGACGGAUGAUAUAUAG